GUAGUGUUUGUGAGUGUGUGCAGAGCAUAGCAUAUAGCUGUACUUUAAACUUGGGUUUCUCCGUCUUUUUUGGAGGUGGACAAGUGUUUCUUGAUCCGACCAGCCAACUCACCCGCACCUUUCCCUUCCCCACCAUCUUUUAAACGCUCUCCUCUCUCAAAAACUGAAACCCCAUUUUCCAUUUCCAAUUUCCCAUUUCCCAUUUCAGCUCUCUCGCUCUCUUCCAUGGCUGAUCUUGCGCCAACCUCUGUUUUAAAUGACUCAAUUUCCAAUCCCUCCUCCUCGGACACACGACAAAUCUUUGGUUCUAAUCUGAAAUCAGGAAAAGUUCAGCCGACCCAAUUGAGAUUGUUAACUACUUCCGAGAGAUGUUUACAAUAUAAGAUUACGACUACAUGCAACCUUCGGAUUGGUCCUAAGAGCAAUUGUCCAGGUUUGACUGUAAAGGCUUCAAGAGAGUCCUUAGGGAUCACUGAACAACAUAAAACCAACAAACUGGAGAGAGUAGCUGAAACGGAUGAUCGGAGCGAAUUGUUUGAGGAUAUGAAACAACGGUUUGUUGACUUCAAAAAGCAUAAAUACAUGGAAAACUUGGAACAUUAUCAAAAUCUUGCAAAGUGUCAAGCGCCAAAGUUCAUGGUCAUCUCUUGUGCAGAUUCUAGGGUAUGCCCCUCGACCAUUCUGGGAUUUCAACCGGGAGAAGCAUUUGUAGUGCGCAACAUUGCGAAUUUGGUGCCCCCCUUUGAGAGUGGACCCUCAGAAACAAAUGCUGCAUUGGAAUUUUCUGUGAAUUUUCUGAAAUUGUAUUGUAGAUCGAAAACAUAUUGGUCGUUGGUCACAGCUGCUGUGGAGGCAUUCGUGCUCUUAUGGGCAUGGAUGAUGAAGUUGAUAAAAGCUUUAUCCAAAAUUGGGUUGUUGUUGGGAAGGAUGCAAGGUCGUGGACAAAAGCUGCUGCCUCCAAACUCAGUUUUGACCAGCAGUGCAAACAUUGUGAGAAGGAAUCAAUCAACCGUUCAUUGUUGAACCUGCUCACGUACCCAUGGAUAGAAGAAAAAGUGAAGAAAGGUGUUCUUGCUGUUCAUGGUGGUUAUUAUGACUUUGUUGAAUGUACAUUUGAGAAAUGGACGCUCGAUUAUAAGGAAGACAACUUGAAGGAGAAACAUGGCAGAAUUUCAGUUAAAAAUCAUUUGUUUUGGUCUUGAUUUCAUCUGUGGCCUUGUAUGAUCUAAUUCAUCAAAUAAAUUAUUUAAAAAAUAUGUUGUUUGUAUGGUGAUUAAAUUAAAACGAUUCGAAAAAUAAUGUAAAAUGAUUUGGUUUGUAUUAAAAUAUAAUAAAUAAAAUAAUGUUUAUAA